AUGGUUCAAAGAAACAGAGAAAUCCUUACAGGAGGUAAGAAAUAUGCUCAACAAGCUAAAAGGAAACAUGCAGUUGAAGAAGUUGUCUUUGAUAAAGAAUCACGUAAAGAAUAUCUUACAGGGUUCCAUAAACGUAAAUUACAACGACAAAAGAAAGCCCAAGAUUAUAUCAAGGAACAAGAAAGAUUAGCUAGAAUUCAAGAGAGGAAGGAAAUGAGAGAAGAGCGAAAGAAAGAUUUAGAAAACCAAUUAAAACAAUUCAAUGAAACAGUGAAGAAAAUAACUCACCUUGAUGACUCAAGCGAUGAGGAAGAAGAUGGCAAACAAGAAGACGAGGAAUGGUCCGGGUUUGGUUCGAACGAAGAAAAGGAUGGUUCUGAGGAUGAUGCUGAUACCUUAAAUGGGAAUGCAAAGCCUUUGAAGGGAAUAUUGCAUCAUAAAGAAGUCUACACAGUCAAUCAAGAAGAACUAUUACCAGAAACCAAUGCGAUUAUAGAUGAAGAAACUACAGUUACUGUAGAGUCAUUAGAUAAUCCAAGUAUAGUAAGUGCCCAAGAAGCAAACAUAGAAGCUCUUGCUCGUGCAAACAACGUUAAUCUUGCCAAAGCGGAACAAGUAUUAGAGAAAUCGAUCCAAAGAGCUAAGAACUAUGCUGUGAUUUGUGGGGUAUCGAAACCUGAAAAGAAACCCAAGAAGAAGUUUAGAUAUUUGUCCAAGGCAGAACGUAGGGAAAAUACCAGAAAGGAAAGAUAUAAGGGUAAAUCAAAGGGAAAGAAUUAA